GCCUGAAGAGAAGGACUUUGUCCACCCCAAAAAGUGACGUUGCAUCCUUCCUCCGAGGCUCCAUAAAACGCGCCCGCAUGGCGCAGUGGACUGUAACGUGCUGCACAGCGGCGAGAGGGAGGGAGACUGUCCGAGGCGCGCGCGUAUAAAGGCAGCAACUCGCCGAUUCUUGUGCCACUCACCCAACUCUUUGUCUCCCGCCAUCCCACACAUUUCAUUCAUCGAAACCGGGACCGUCUUAAUUCGAGAGCACCUGUCCGGAGGAGCACCCUCGGCGCUACAGCCGGCUCCUCGCUGCGGCUCCGGGAGUUGGCACAGCCCGGCUGCGCAGGAGAGCUCCCCCCGCGAACCGCGUCAUGGGACACAGGAGGAGCACCGGCGCUCUCUGCAUGUACACCUGAGGUGGACUGUGGGGAUUUACAACCGCGCAGUUUUCGGAAGAAAAAAAGGAUAAGACUUCGAUCUGUUGGCUUUGAGAAGAAACUUUUUUUUUGUCAGCAGUGCGCCUUCCGCCUCUUACUCUAUUCUAACACAAUUUGGGGAUUUUUGGUGAAGCGCCGGCAGGAUGGUCUCAUCCGACUGCUUCAGACUGCUCGUUGUCAUCUUCUGUUGUUCAUCGCUCACAGAUGGGCAUUUGGAGAGAGAGCGCUCUCUUAAGAUUCUGCCCUCCGAGAAUCCCCUAACUCUUCAAGUGGAUGAUUCAUUAAACCUUGUAUGCAGAGGUCAUGGCCCGCUGCACUGGACAUUUGCCGAUCCCCAACGAGCCGUUUCAUCGGAGGGGGUGAGCGUGACGCAGUGUGAUUCUGGACAUCACUCUCAUUCACACUGCAGCGAACUCACAAUCACACACUUGGGUGCCAGUGACACGGGGAGGUACAGCUGCAAAUACUCCAAAGAUGGUUCAGACCACAUCACCUCAACCUAUGUCUAUGUCAAAGAUCCCGAGCAACCUUUUGCUGAUGCCCAUAAGACAGCUCAGCUCCUGGGCAUCUACAGGCAUGAGACAAGCCUCACGGUCCCAUGCCGGACGUCCUCUCCUGAUGCUGUUGUAACACUUACAGGGCGCCCGGCUUUAUCAGAGAAGAUUGUUACGGAAAUGGUUUGGGAUCCAAAGGUGGGAUUCAAGAUUCCCUACGGCUCCUACACUAUACACACUAUGCUCACCUGUAAAACAGUGGUUAAUGGCCGGGAGUUCAAGGCAAUGUACAUCCCCAAGAGACUGACUCUUGUUCUUAAUAAUGUGAAAAUCACCCCAGACCGCAUCAAACUGCUGGUAGGAGAGACUCUCAUCCUUAACUGUACUGGUGAGACCACCUAUAAUGGAGGAAUCAACUUCACAUUGGAUUUUCCAAGGAAGAAAGAAAAUCGGCAUUAUGAGCAGAAGACCAAAGACAACCCUGCUAAGGUCCUUGUGAUGAGCAAGGCUUUAGUGUUGCCGAAUAUUACCAUGGAGGAUAAGGGGGUGUACCACUGCAAGGCUGAGAUUGCACCCACAAAACACAAGAAUGCCACAGCGAAGGUCCUCGUCUAUGAGCAUCCGUUCCUCAACAUCUCCUAUAAGCAUGAGCGUCCCAGCACAGUGACCGUCAAAGAGGGUAGAAAGAAGCAUGUGUUUGAACCGAAGGUCAACGCUCUGCCCCCACCAGACAUGAUAGCAUGGUAUAAGGAUGGGGUCCCAAUCAAUACGAAUUCCACCUGUUACAAGAUGUUUGGUUUCAACCUGAUUAUCACUGAUGUGCAGCAGAAGCAUGCCGGGGUCUUCACCUUAAGCCUGGGCAACCACGUGAAGGGCCUGUAUAGGAACCUGAGCUACACUCUGGUAGUUGACGUGAAGCCAACUAUUUCAGAGGCGGAGCUUCCCACUAUGGACGUGCAGCCCUACAUGUUUGGCAAACAGCAUCAGCUAACCUGUACCGCUUUCGGGUUGCCCCUGCCAACCAUCACUUGGCUCUGGCAGCCAUGUCACUCAGACCCUACGCUUAAAGAUUGCAUUGAUUACACUGAGCCAAUCCUGGUCAGCACCGAUGACAGGGGAAAUUACUCCCACAACUGGAUUAAGAGCAUAAGCACCAAGCCUGAACUGGUUAAAGGGAAGAACAAGAUUGUGGGUACGCUGGUGAUCGGAGAGGCUAGCGUGUCAGGAAAGUACUCCUGCGUGGCCCAGAAUGAGGAUGGCUUCAGCAGCUUGACGAUCCCUUUUUACGUGUAUGAUAACCCAGAGGAAAUUACCACUGAACCUCGAAAAGCCAUCGAGGGGGAUGACGUAACUCUGACCUGUCGGGCGGCUCGCUACCUCUACACAGAUCUGCAGUGGUUGGAUUCCUCGAAUAAAACGAUCACCCGCAACGUGUCCAGUCUCCAACUCAGCCGCUACUCCAUAUCACUUUCUCUCCAUCUGCACAAUGUGUCCAAAAACAGCACUGCAGGGCACAAGUGCCAAGCAUACAUGCAUCACGAGAGGGUUGAGCUAAAAAAUGCUUCUCUUGUCGUGGAUGUGAGAAAACGCCCCUGGCUGAGACAAAACCUGACUAAUCAAGAUGUGAACAGUAGCAGCACCCUGAUGUUGGCUUGCUUCGCUCUGGGAGUUCCUCGACCCUACAUCAUGUGGUACAAAAAUGCUGUUCCAGUGGAAGAAGGCCCAGGUAUAACACUGGGAGAGGACGGAGUUCUGACCAUCGAAAGGGUGAAGAAGGAUGAUGAGGGUCUGUACGAGUGUAUAGCCAGCAAUGUUGAGGGUGUCGCGAAAACAAGUGCUGUUGUUACUGUGGUCGGGGACGAGGGGAAGCCAAACAUCGAGGUAAUAAUUCUGGUGUGUACGGGAGCUGCAGCCACCUUCCUCUGGCUCAUGCUUAUCCUCUUCAUCCGCAAGCUAAGGAAGCAACCAGCACACUACAAGAUGGGUCCAUCUAUCAUCAUUGACCCUGACGAGUGUCCCCUGGAGGAGCAGAAUGAUCUUCUUCAGUAUGACAGCAACAAAUGGGAGUUUCCCCGUGACCGUCUGCGACUAGGCAAAACCCUCGGCCACGGAGCUUUUGGAAAAGUGGUGGAGGCUUCUGCCUUCGGGAUCGAUAAGCUCUCGACCUGCAAGACAGUUGCCGUCAAAAUGCUGAAAGGUGGUGCUACGUCCAAUGAGCGGAAAGCUCUGAUGUCAGAGUUAAAGAUCCUGAUCCACAUUGGCCAUCACCUGAACGUGGUCAACCUGCUGGGAGCCUGCACAAAGCCUGGAGGACCACUGAUGAUGAUUGUGGAGUUUUGCAAGUACGGCAACUUGUCCAACUAUUUGAGAAGCAAGAGAGACGACUUCAUCGUCUACAAGAGCCAGGACGGUAAAUUGGUGUCGUCCGGAUCAUCCUGCCAGCUGAGCGAGCUGAUGAAGCGUCGCCUGGAGAGCGUGGCCAGCACCGGAAGCUCAGCCAGCUCUGGUUUCAUCGAAGAUAAGAGCUACUGCGAAUCAGAGGAAGAGGAAGAAGAAUCUGAGGAUUUAUAUAAGAGAGUCCUGACAUUGGAAGAUUUAAUUUGCUACAGUUUCCAAGUUGCAAAAGGCAUGGAGUUCUUGGCUUCACGCAAGUGCAUCCAUCGUGAUCUGGCUGCACGAAACAUACUGCUCUCAGAGAAUAACGUUGUGAAGAUUUGUGAUUUUGGACUCGCCAGAGACGUCUACAAAGACCCGGAUUAUGUGCGCAAAGGAGAUGCGAGACUGCCGCUCAAGUGGAUGGCACCUGAAGCCAUUUUUGACAAGAUCUACACAACUCAGAGUGACGUCUGGUCUUUUGGUGUUCUCAUGUGGGAGAUCUUCUCUCUGGGUGCCUCUCCGUACCCAGGGGUGCAAAUUGACGAAGAAUUUUGCUGCAGGCUGAAAGACGGGACGAGGAUGAGAGCACCAGAAUACUCUUCCUCUGAAAUAUACCAGACCAUGUUGGACUGCUGGCACGGGGAGCCCCUGGAGAGACCCACCUUCACUGACCUGGUGGAAAGGCUGGGAGACCUGCUCCAGGCCAGCGUGCAGCAGGAGGGGAAGCACUACAUACCCAUCAACACAGCCCUGCUGGCUACGGUUGGAGACCCGUCCACCACAUCACAGUCGGAGGAGACACCCACGCGACCCACCUCCCACUGUGACUCAGGGAGCAGCUGGAACAUCAAGAUCCGUCCUGCUAGUGUGAAAACGUUUGACGAGGUUACCAUGGAGAACGGGACAAAUGAGAACCACGGGGGCGGUCAGUCGGACAGCGGGAUGGGCCUCUCCUCUGACAACAUGACAACACUGAAGCGCAUCGAAUCGUUGGCAGGUCGACCUCUGAGCAUCAUGGCUCUAGCGAUGAAGGCCGUCAGUAAGAGUAAAGAGUCAGUGCUGUGUGACACAGAGAAGGAGAAGUAUCCGCCCUCAGUUCCCUCUCUGGACUUCAGCAUGGACGACUCAGCCCUGGAUGACUCAGCUCUGGACGCCGGCCUCGAGUGUCACAGCCCGCCUCCCGACUACAACUAUGUGGUGCGCUAUUCCACCCCACCUGUGUAACUCCUUUGUUUUGACUCUUAUCUCUGGGUUAUUCUGUGGCAACACUUGAGAGGAAAACCCCCGAGAUUCCCUUCCUCAAAGGGUUUAGAACGGACGCUCUGAAAUGGCUCAUGAAUCCACGCAACUGUAACAACUUGUGCAUCUUCUAACUUCCAGGGCGUCUGCUGUGCAACAAAAGAAAAAUCUGUAGACCGUUGAUUUCCUUUUCCAGUUUUCAGACGUAGGCUGACUUCAAAGCUGCCCGUACCUUCCACACUCACUGUGAUAUGUCGCAUAGCUGAAAACAGGCUCAGGUAUUUCUUUCAUCUACUGUGAAAAUAAACCGUGAUGAUUCCAACUUCACCACAGAUCUGUACAAAUCAGUCUUUUAAUGAUAAAGAGUAACUUCUUUCUAACUUUUCAAGUUUGUACUGAGAUUAGUUUAUAUUUUUCAAAAGUGUUUAACUGGAAAAUAAUUUGUUUGUCAAGAAAAAGAGAUGCCCUUUUUGUAGUCCAGCUCAAUGGGAUCUAUCUAAAGUUUUUUUGCUUUUUUGCUCAAAAAUCUGAGAUUUUGAGAAUAAUUUUAGGAGAAAAGAGUUGAAAUAUUCCGAGACGAAAUAUCAUAAUAUUUCAAGAAAAAACGAAUAAAGUUGUGAUUUUAGGAGAGAAAAGUCAUAAUAUUACAAGUGUACGUUCGGAAUUUUAGGCUACGUGUGAGGGGAAUAUCAGAAGAUCAGCCCAGCGGCCUGCGAUAAAAUGAAGAAUGUGAAGCAUCUUGUUAUGUUAUACUUUAGUAUAGUUUUCACAUUAUUAGUAUCAAGCCUUUGGAAAUAUUGUUCAAGAAACUGUGUACAGUAUGAAAAAAGACCCACGCUGACUUGCAUCUUUCUGUGGAGGAGGAAUGGCUAGUUAAUUAUUUUUUCAUUUUUCUUGAAAUAUUAUGACUCUUUUUCUGAUUGAAUUACUGCCUCGACUCCAAAUCUCAGAUAUUUCUUUUCUUCAUUAUGGCCCUAAUACUCCAUUGUGUUUAUCUGAGGCGUCAUUCCUCCCGUGUGCAAACACAAACACGUCGGCUCAAUUAGCUCAGGUUGACUUGGAGGUGGCAGAGGAGGGGAGUGCUCUGUCGUGUGGUGGUGGCUGUUUUCUUAAGCUCUCUGGGUUAUCAAAAAUCACAGGUAAAUGAAGAAAACAGGGUAAAGCUGAGAUUAAGACCAGACAGCUUGAGAUUUAACAUUACAGCUCGACCGUGAGAGCAUUUAAAUGAAAAGGUUCCAGUGCAUUCGGAUUCCUUCCAGCCCCCCAAAAUCUGGUGCUGAAGAAACUCAGCUUUUUGUUUUGGUUCAAUCAAAAAGAGAGAAGGUAAAAAAAUUAUUUGUUUAUUUUCUUGUGUACAAACUGAGUCAGAUCUGAACAGAACACAAACAAAUCUGUUUCUUCAGAAAGCACUAGUAAAAUAAAUUGUGUAUUUAUUUAGAUCGUAAACACUGUCACUUGGUGUACACAUUCAAACGGUCUUCCUGAUAUCAGCGCGCAGUAUCCCGUUGUCUGAUUCCACACCUCGAUGCUGUUUGUGCUGCUGUGACUCACUGAUAGUAACGCUGAGGGAAUCUGCUUCUGCAGGAACGUGUGUGUGUGUGUGUGUGUGUGUGUGUGUGGAGGUUCUCCGUCCCUGUGCUGUGUGUUAGGAAAGCUUGCAGGGCAGGCUACAAAAACUCUACCCGUGUAUGAAGAUAGCACCAGUCUGCUCCGGUUCACUGUCAUAUCAUGUGUUGUUGACAGGAACAAAUCUCCGUGUGUUCACAGCAUUUCGGGUCGUGUUGUGCGUCCUUUGGACCAAACCUUUAAUUUGAGCUCACGUGUUACUGUGCACACACCCUGUAGAGAAGCAGCUAGCUUGUUCUCGUUGAUGACUAAAGAAAAACAGGGUUUGUCAGUGAGUAAACUACAGUGUAAAGUGGAUAUUUUUUAAUCCAAAAUGAGUUUUAUUUGUGGACCAAUUUGUUUUGUUUGUGUGGAAAAGGAGUGAUUAUGCACUGAUGCUUUAUAUCAAGUUUUAUUUGUAUUCUAAAGGUAUAUUAUUAUGAAAAAGUGUUGAGGGUCACAUUUUAUAAAGAUUUUUUAUUAUUAUUUAACUCUUAACUCUAGUAGGAAUUUAAUGUUUGCAGUAUAUUUUGUGUUAUUUCUCGCCAUGCUAACAUCAUCAUGUUUGCUUCUUAUAAUCCUGUCUUGGUUCUAUUAUGUUUAGUGACUGCUGCCACAAUAACCAUGAAAUAUGUCAGCAUGAAUGCAAAGAUAAAUUAUUAGUUAUUGGAUUUUAUUGCAUUUCUCUGUGUAUCACAAUGAUUCAUAAUUACUGGAGCAGCUCAAACUUCCUUGUAACUUCUUCUAUUUUGUUCAUGUAGUGUUACAAGUUUGUUUCAAUGAAAGUUAUGUUCCCCAACACUGUCAACUGAGCAUAUGAAGUAAAUAAAUGAAUAAAGAUUUAUAUAUUUAUACAUUA